ACUAAUUGGCCCAGUGAAAUUUUUUAGGACCGACAGAGAAGAAGUACAAAACGACGACGUUGGGUAUAGAUAACAACGCCGAUUAUGGUGCAGAGAACAAGCACCGGAAAUAAAUACCUAAGUCCCUCUCCAUAAGGACCUCCAUUCUUAACCUCCGAAGAUACAAAUUUUCUUUCUCUUUUUCCAUCGAAGUUUGCGGUUAAAAUCUACAAAGAGAAUGAUGAUUUGAGAGGCAGCCAAAGAAGGAAGCUUAAGAAUCUUUUUUUUUUUUUUUUUUUUUUUUGGAGCUACGAAUUUGCGUUGGUGAUGGGGGUUCAAAAUAUUUGGGGGCUGAAGAAUAUUGGACACAUUGUGGGUGUUAGAGGUAUUAAUAAGUGAGUUCGUGCUUUCGGUAUAUCUGGAUGGUUGAUUGUCAUGAAUACCAAUUUCUACAAGGUAGAAAGAAAGGGAAAAAUCAUUCAAAUUAAAUAGAACUGCUUAAAAAUGUUCACAAAUGAUCGGAGGCAAGAAGAACGAACUGGAAGAUAUGGAACUCCAAGGUUGCAAUACCUUCAGGAAUUAGUCAGUCAAUUUCAGAACUCAACUGAUGAAGAAACAAAAGAGAGAGUUGUUGCUAAUUUGGCAAACUUUGCUUAUGAUCCUUAUAAUUAUGCUUUCUUGCGCCAGCUCAAUGUUUUGGAACUUUUCCUGGACUGCAUAACAGAACCAAAUGAGAAGCUUGUGGAAUUCGGAACUGGAGGAAUCUGUAAUUCCUGUGCUGAUCCAGCAAAUGCUUCAAUAAUCACUCAGUGUGGUGGAAUUCCUCUACUCAUUCAAUGUCUGUCAAGCCCAGUUAGAAACACUGUAAAUUAUGCACUUGGGUCUCUUUAUUAUCUCUGCAACACAUCUAACAAAGAAGAGAUUUUAAAGCCAGAAGUUGUUGAUGUUAUCAAGAAAUAUGCUGCAGCUGAAGCUGCUAGUGUCAGCUUCAGCAAUCUGGCGAUGGCAUUUUUGGACAAGCAUGUCUCCGAAAGCAAGUGACAGCGGAAGCAGAUACUUUCUAAAAACACUUAAAUAAUUUUGCCAUAUAUUCUAAUUUAUCCUUGUUAUGAAUUUUCUUCCUCUUUUUGCAAAAUAUUGUCAAUUCUUCGUAUGAAUUACUCAUCAUCAGUUGUAGUUAUUGUAUCAGACUUCUUAACCAUUAAACUUUUCCUGCUCUAACGUAAUGUGUUAUGUUUUGAAUUUUUUUUA